CGGCGAGUGUUGACUGUUGAUCCUGGGACAAAAAUGGCGUCGUCCAAGGUGAAGCAGGACAUGCCUCCUCCGGGAGGUUAUGGUCCUAUUCAAUAUAAAAGAAAUCUGCCCGUCCGGGGCUUCUCCGGUUACACCAUGUUCGGCAUCGGGAUCGGGAUCAUGAUAUUCGGGUACUGGAGAAUCGCCACCUGGAACAGGGAGAGGAGGAGGCUGCUCAUUGAGGAUCUGGAGACGCGUAUCGCCCUCUUACCCCUCCUGCAGGCAGAGUCCGACCGCAGGUCCUUGCGUGUGAUGCGUGAGAAUCUAGAGGAGGAGGCGGUGAUCAUGAAGGACGUCCCGGGUUGGAAGGUGGGUGAGAGCGUGUUCCACACAGAGCGCUGGGUGAGUCCCACCAAUGAGGAGCUUUUCAACCUUCGUCCUCGCGAGGAGCUCAUCCGCAGCGCGUUCGGCUUCCUCAAGUACAUGUAAACACACACACACACACGUGCGCUCACACACACUCGUGACCUGGACCACCAUCGUUCCGCUGCCUGAACCCUCGACCGUCGGCCGUCUGUGAAGCUCCAACCAGCCGCCAGCCAAGAGGGGACACAGGCUAUAAUGUCUAUAUACUGAUGUAAAUGUUUAAACUAUUAAAACAAUAAAUGUUUUCCUUUUUUUCUUGUU